GCAAAGCACGUUGAUCUGCCUUUUUCAGCCAGGACCUGAGUGCGGCUACCACCUGCCCUCUGUGACUUCCAGCACCCACUCUAUCCACAGAAUGGACGCUCAAAAGGACAUAAGGGAAGAAUCUCGGCUCUACCAAACCACUCUGCUUCAGGAUGGACUGAAAGAACUACUGGAUGAGAACAAGUUUGUCGACUGCUCUCUGAAAAUCGGGACCAAGGCUUUUCCAUGCCACCGUCUAAUCCUGGCAGCCUGUAGCCCCUAUUUCCGUGAGUAUUUCUUUUCGGAGGAAAAUACGGAGGAGAAAAAGAAAGAGGUGGUUCUGGAAGAUGUUGACCCGAAUGUAAUGGACCUGAUCCUCAAAUACCUGUAUACUUCUGAGAUCAUUCUGAAUGAUGAGAACGUGCAACAUAUUUUCGCUGUUGCCAGCCGGUUUCAGAUCCCGUCGGUGUUCACAAUGUGCGUUACAUAUCUUCAGAAAAGACUGGCUGUUAAUAACUGUCUGGCCAUCUUCAGACUAGGACUUCUCCUUGACUGCCCACGGCUUGCUUUGGCCGCUCGCGAGUACGCCUCAGAUCGUUUCGAACAAAUCUCUAAAGAAGAUGAUUUCAUGCAGCUCGCCCUACACGAAUUUGUCAGCUUAAUUGCAAGCGACUCCUUAAAUGUAGAGAAGGAAGAGGUGGUCUUUGAAACGGUUAUGAAGUGGGUCCAAUCCGACAAGGAGAACAGGUUGAAACAUUUGGGAGAGAUCUUUGAUUGCAUUCGUUUCCGUCUUAUGGCUGAGAAAUACAUCAAGGAACAUGUGGAGAAGGACGCGAUUAUCAAGGCUGAUCCCGAGCUGUUGAAAAAGGUGCAGAUGAUUAAGAAUGCCUUUGCUGGGAAACUUCCCGAGCCUACCAAAGACAAAGGAAAAGCCGAUAAGAAAGGAGCGGCCGGUGACGACUCAGCAAAUAACGACGUGGGGGAAGAGGAUCUGCUCCCUGGUUUCCUGAAUGACAUUCCCAGACAUGGCAUGUUCGUCAAAGAAAUGAUCUUCUUUGUUAAUGAUACAGCAGCAGUGGCAUAUGAUCCAAACCUCAAUCAGUGCUUUCUGGCAGCCAUGGAUGAUCAGAUUCCCAAGAACCAUGUCAGUAUAGUGACAAAGGAAAACCGAAUCUUUGUUAUUGGUGGGUUAUAUAUUGACGAAGAAAUCAAAGACCACCCUUACCACUCUUACUUUUUUCAGUUUGACAGCAUUUCCGGUGAGUGGAAUGGUUUACCACCACUGCCUUCAGCCAGGAUCCUCUUCAGCGUGGGAGAAGCCGAGAAUCACCUUUACGUGAUUUGUGGUAAAGAUCUUCAAAGUGAAGAGUCUCUGGAUUCAGUCAUGUGCUACGACUUGAAAGCACUGAAAUGGAGUGAUUGUAAAGCAUUCCCACUUAAAAUUUAUGGUCAUUCUGUGGUUUCAUACAACGGAUUAGUCUAUGUUAUUGGUGGGAAAACUGACGACACUAAAUGUUUGAGCAAGCUGUUUGUGUACAACCCAAAGAAAUCUGAGUGGAGAGAGCUAGCAGCCAUGAAGACAGCUCGUUCCAUGUUUGGAGCUGCUGUGCAUAAAGGCAAGAUAUGGGUGGUUGGAGGGGUCACUGAUGAGGGCUUGACAGCUGCAACUGAGACCUAUGACAUCCUGAAUAACAAGUGGGAAACGGUGGCUGAAUUCCUACAGGAGAGAAGCUCCAUCAAUGUGCUCAGUAUGGGAGGAUCACUAUAUGCCAUUGGAGGGUUUGCCAUGAUUCAGUUGGAAAAUAAAGAAUUUUCUCCCUCAGAAAUCACAGAUGUGUGGAAAUAUGAAGAUGACAAGAAGGAAUGGUGUGGCUUGCUGAGAGAAAUCACCUACGCUUCAGGAGCCACCUGUCUGGCUGUGCGCCUCAACAUGUUUAGACUCACUAAAUUAUAAGCUAUUUCA